GACUGUUGUUGUAAUCUGAUGGUCAAAAAAAUUUCGGAAAUCUGUAGGACUUACUUACAUUAAAAUGAUUUAGAUAUAGGACGUCUCGUUACUCCUGUCAUUGUGUGUAUCUCCAAAGUAGAUCAAGACUGCAGCAGACGAUAUAACGAGUCCAUCUGACUCAGUUACCCCCAAAGAGGAUGAAGACUGCAGCGGGCGAUAUAACGAGUCCAUCUGACUCAGUGGUCACUUCACGAUUUAGUGACAUAACGUUACUGUCUCAGUCGCUCAUCGGAAGUAGGAGAUCACUCGUGGCAGGAAAUGGCGACAUUUCGCUGAGUAUUUCAUCCGUCAAUGUCUUCAUGGUGUGGGAGAGACAAUGUUGUUACUAGUGUGUUUGGUUUAUAUACCUACAGUUUUAUCAACAGGAAAUUUGGCGUUGAACCGACCGACCACGAUGACGUCAAUUUCGCGUGUUGUGGCCGACGCUUCUUCUGGUAACGCUGUGGACGGGGAUAAUCGCACGAACAUCUUUGCCGGCCGCUGUAGUCUGACGGACGACAACGGAAACUAUGCAAGCGUCUGGUGGCGGGUUCGACUGACAGGGUUAUCCACCAUCAAAUCCAUACACAUUGUGUCUAGACCUCUAUAUGAAGGUCGGCUGGCAGGUGUUUCCGUCUACGUGUCCUCCGGACCAUUAGCAGACGACCAGUUUUUCGUACACCCGUACGUGUUUUACGACAGAGGCCCGAAUCUACCAAACUCUAACGUUCUCAUAAAUCUACAGGAACCGGUAAUCGGAGACUAUGUAACGGUCUAUAACAACCGCACGAGGCGCCCCCUACCGGCUGCCUACAGUAAUUCUGCAAUACUGGAACUAUGUGAGGUGGAGGUUUUGGGCUGUCCACGGGGAUGGUAUGGGAGCUCGUGUCAGCUAAGCUGUCCGGUCAAUUGUAACGAGGGCACAUGUGAUCCCGAAACCGGCCGUUGUUAUAGAGGUUGUAAAUCUGGCUACACUGGGGAUUUAUGUAAUGAAAAUUGUCCGAUGGGGUACCAUGGUGCGGACUGUCGGACUCGAUGCGGAGCCUGUGGACUGGGCAUGCCCUGUGACCCCAGGAAUGGACAAUGUCCCAAUGGGUGCCGAUCAGGAUACAGAACUCCAUAUUGCAAUCAAACUUGUCCGUGGGGGUAUUUUGGAGUGUCUUGUUCGCAGAGGUGCAAACGAUGUCCACAAAAUCGGACAUGUGACGUCAUGGAUGGAAAGUGUCCCGGGUCACGGUUAAGUGUAGGGAUGGGAGGAGCGGAUCCUAAAAAUCAGACGACCAUUGCAGUGACCGGCAUUUUAAUCCCCCUCUUCCUCGUCAUCUUCGUCGCACUGGGCUGUUUAGGUUGGCGGAACAGAAAUAACGCGAGCAGAGUAACAGAAUACAUAAGCGAGAAAACUCAAAGCGGAUCUCAGUACCUUAGAAAAAAAAGUCGGAAAAGUUUGACCAGAAUGACCAAGUUGAUCCGAAGGGGGCAUUUCGCUCGGAACGUCUCGGAAGAAAUCACACCCCCUGCCAUGGAGAAUACACGAGGUAAAGAAAAUGUCUACAUUAAUGUGGGGAUCGACAAAGUGCCUAUUAUAACGUUUGAAGAGGGCGGGGCUUCAGAAGAGACCGCACCCAGCUCAGAAGUGCCAGAACGGCCGAAGCUACCGGCCAAAGUCAAGGCUUCGUACGAAAAUACUCUGAUCCACGAAAUCGCCAUCAACGAACUGGCAUAUGUAGUGGCGGAAAAUUCUAAAGACAACAACAGACAACUGAAGGACCAGUUCAAACAACUAAAAUACGGACAGCAUGCCAGAUGUGAUAUUGCAAAGAAGGCAGAAAAUCAUUCCAAAAACAGAUUCAAAUCUCUCUAUGCUUAUGAUCAUAGCAGAGUCAAGCUGAAGAAAGACGAAAGCGGAAAAUCGGACUACAUCAACGCUAACUACAUUGAUGGCGUGGAGGAGCCCGGUCAAUACAUUGCCUGCCAAGGUCCUAAAAUUAACACGAUGACCGACCACUGGUUAAUGAUUUGGGAGGAGGGUGUCUGUAUUGUGGUAGCCCUCGCCAACGUAUACGAGAACGGGAAGGAGAAAUGUCAUCAGUACUGGCCGGACGGAGACAAAAAUGCCCACGCCGGAAAGUUUGUUAUCAGACAACAGAAUAGAAAGGACUAUUCUUUUUACUGUGUCCGGUACUGGUCAGUACUAAACAGAAAGACUAAGGAAGAGCGGACAGUGGUACAGUUUCACUUCCGGGAGUGGCCGGACCAUGGUGCCCCUGAGGCGCUCAGUCUCCUCACAUUCCAGGCCCACAUUCGGAAAGAGAAGAGUAGAAUGGUUGGCCGAGUGCUAGUUCAUUGCAGUGCUGGAGUGGGUCGCACCGGGACGUUUCUCGCACUAGAUUCUCUGUUCGAAAGUGGAAGAAAAACAGGAAAAGUUAACGUUUUCGAAUACGUCAAACAGAUGAGGACUUGUAGAAUGAAUAUGGUUCAAACCGAGGGUCAGUAUGUAUUUGUGCACGAAGCCCUUUUUGAAGCCUUCCGGUACAAAAAACAUGCAUUAUCUUACCGAGAAUUUUCUAAGGAGUUUAAGAAAUUAAGUGGCGGGGACCAGCCGAUGAAUGAAACUCCCUUAAGAUUGGAGUACAAUGAAGUUGAAUCCCUGAAACCGUCUUAUCCCGAGUCGAGAUACAAAGCGGCGCUGAAGCCCAUCAACAAAACCCGCAACAGAGAGGACGAAGCUAUGCCAGUGGAUGACUAUCGAGUGAUCUUAACGACCCCUGUUGUCGGACGGAACGACUACGUCAAUGCAGUGUUCAUCUCGACACAUACGGAGGCUAACGCGCUCAUUAUCACUUGUUCACCGCUAUCACACAAUGUAGGCGACAUUUGGCGGCUGGUUCAUGACCAUAACGUGGAUGCUAUAGUUCUUAUGGGAUCGUCAGGACUUCCGGAAUUUUCUCACUGGCUGCCUUCCACUGAAGAAACAGUGGAAUUUGAUCCUUUCUUUGUCCGGAGAGCUAUAAGUUUCGCUGGUCACGAAGAAAUCGUCGAAUCCACAGCCAAAUUUCACGUCCAGGAAAGCCAAGAAGUAGAGGAGGUUAAAAUAUUUGAGUUCCUCAAUUGGAAUUUAAAUGACACGUACCCAACGUCGCCAAAAAUGAUGGUGAAAAUGAUCGAACAUGUUCACGACUGGCGGAAAACUCGAAACACCGACGGUCCCAUAGUAGUGGUAUCAGUUGACGGUGUGAGCUGGUGCGGAGUUUUCUGUGCCGGGUAUAAUGCGACAGAGCAGAUCACUUUUGAUGACGAGGUAGACAUCUUUAACAUCGUCAGACACUUGCGCGUGAGAAGACCUGAACUUAUCCCAUCCUUUGAGGAGUACCAGUAUUGUUACAGAGUGGUUCAGAACUUUCUGUGUAGCGGGGGACCAUACGAAAACAUUGAACUACCAUUCGAAGGAUGAAAUCCAGAUUCAGCUCAUCUAAGCCUAUUGUGAUACUUGAUAAAAAAAAAAAUAAUUCAAGGGAUCUGUUCACAGAAAACAUGGGAGUUGUCAUCUUCCUUCAGACCCCUUCUCAGUAGUUCCAACUCUUCUUACGUAAAUGUCCAAACAAAACUGGACCACACACAGAAAUCCAAGCUCUUGUAUUGACAUACAAAAUAUUGUUCUAUUUGUUAUAUAGAAAGAUAACAGCUCAGGGGUCAUUUGUGGAGUGAGAAUACUGUAAAUCAACAUUUGUUCGCGAUGAAUUUAUUUUGCGAUUUACCUUAAAGGACUGUUUUGCGGUGAUAAAUAUUCGCGAUAAUGAAUUUAUCGCAAACCUAUUGAGCAUUUCUCGCACGCCAAAAAAACUUGUUUUGCAGUAUGCAAGUGUAUAGGCUAUCACUACGUGUUGUGCAUGUUCAUUUUGAAUAUUGAUUACUCGGACAUUGUAUCCUAAUAAACAUAUCAAUUA